CUCGACUACACAACAUAUUUGAUACAUUUUCACCUUCCCUCCAUCUCAGACCAAAGCCGACGACCAAACCGGUACAUAUCCAAAAUGUCUUGCUCGAGACUCUUCACCCCUCUCAAGCUGGGUGACAUUCAGCUCAACAACCGAGUUGCAAUGGCCCCACUAACGCGUUUCCGCGCUGAUGAGAAUCACGUGCCCCUGCCCAUGGUCGCAGAAUACUACGCCCAGCGCGCAUCAACUCCUGGCACUCUUCUCAUCACUGAGGCCACUUUCAUCUCCAAGCAGGCGGGUGGCUAUCCCAACGUGCCGGGUAUCUACACUCAGGAACAGAUCGAAUCAUGGAAGAGAGUGACAGAAGCCGUCCACAAGAAGGGCAGCUUCAUCUACCUUCAGCUGUGGGCGCUCGGUCGUGUUGCGAGCCCCGCACAGGCUGAGAAGGAGGGUAUCACCAUCAAGACCUCCAGCCCUGUCCCACUGGGCGAAGGCUACGCAACUCCGAAAGAGAUGACCAUUGAAGAAAUCAAGGAGACUAUCGGCGAUUACGCGCAAGCUGCAAAGAACGCGAUCGAAGCUGGAUUCGACGGUGUAGAGCUCCACGGCGCCAACGGCUACCUCAUCGACCAGUUCAUCCAGGACAAGGUCAACCAGCGUACUGACGCCUACGGCGGAUCCGUAGAGAACCGUUCGCGCUUCGCCAUAGAGGCCACCAAGGCUGUUAUCGACGCCAUCGGUGCUAAGAAGACCGGAAUCCGUCUCUCCCCCUUCAGCACCUUCCAGGGCAUGAAGAUGGAUGACCCGCACCCGCAAUUCAAAGAUGUCAUCAAGAAGCUCGAUGCGUUCAACGACCUCGCCUACAUUCACCUGGUCGAAUCCCGCAUCGACGGCAAUGUCGACAUCGACCCCAACCCAGCUGAGCAGCUCCAGCCCUUCGUGGACCUGUUCCGUAACCCCGUCCUCAUCGCUGGAGGCUUCAAGCCUGACUCCGCGCAUAACCUCCUCGACAAGCAGUAUCCCAACAAGGACGUCAUUGUCGUCUUUGGACGCUACUUCAUCAGCACUCCGGAUCUCGUGUACCGUCUCAAGAAGGGCAUUGAAUUCAAUGAGUACAACCGUGACACCUUCUACCUCCCCAUGAAGGCUGAGGGAUACACCGACUACCCUUUCAGCAAGGAGUUCCUGUCUGCCCAGGCAUAGACAAAGCAUUACAAAAUGUUUGCAUUUUUGAGCGAAUUGCAUUAGUGGCGUUUGGUUGAUUUCAAGAUAGAUAUGCUUCUUAGAUUAUAUGAUAUACAAUCAACGUUUGAUCACUACUGUGGCCUCCCGAAUCAUUGAAGGUAUAC